UCCGUCUCGGGGGGAAGCAAGAACUGCGCCCGCUCGCUCCGACCAUGGCCUCUGGACGCAGGGGUUGGGACAGCUCCCACGAGGAUGAUCUGCCCGUGUACCUGGCCAGGCCGGGCACCACGGACCAGGUCCCGCGGCAGAAGUACGGCGGCAUGUUCUGCAACGUGGAAGGCGCCUUCGAGAGCAAGACUCUGGAUUUCGAUGCCCUGAGCGUGGGACAGCGGGGCGCCAAGACUCCCCGGAGCGGCCAGGGCAGCGGCCGCGGCUCGGGGAGCCGACCCGGCUUGGACGGGGACCCCCCGCGCCGGGGCCCAGGCCGGGAGGAGAGCCGGGAGCCCGCGCCCGAGUCGCCCGCGCCCGCCGGGGUGGAGAUCCGGAGCGCCACGGGCAAGGAGGUUUUGCAGAACCUCGGCCCCAAGGACAAGAGCGACCGUCUUCUUAUCAAGGGAGGCAGAAUCGUCAACGAUGAUCAGUCUUUUUAUGCUGAUAUUUACAUGGAAGAUGGCUUAAUAAAGCAAAUUGGAGACAAUCUGAUUGUCCCUGGAGGAGUGAAGACCAUCGAAGCCAAUGGGAAGAUGGUGAUCCCUGGAGGCAUUGAUGUCCACACUCACUUCCAGAUGCCGUACAAGGGAAUGACCACGGUGGAUGACUUCUUCCAGGGGACAAAGGCUGCCUUGGCAGGGGGCACCACCAUGAUCAUCGAUCACGUGGUUCCCGAGCCCGAGUCCAGCCUGACGGAAGCCUAUGAGAAGUGGAGGGAGUGGGCUGACGGCAAGAGCUGCUGUGACUAUGCCUUGCACGUGGACAUCACCCACUGGAACGACAGCGUCAAGCAGGAAGUGCAGAGCCUCAUCAAGGACAAAGGAGUCAACUCCUUCAUGGUUUACAUGGCCUAUAAGGAUUUGUAUCAAGUGUCCAACACUGAGCUCUAUGAGAUCUUCACCUGUCUGGGAGAGCUGGGCGCCCUUGCCCAAGUCCACGCUGAGAAUGGGGACAUCAUCGCCCAGGAGCAAACCCGGAUGUUGGAAAUGGGAAUAACUGGCCCAGAGGGGCAUGUACUCAGCAGACCAGAGGAGCUGGAAGCCGAGGCCGUCUUCCGCGCCAUCACCAUCGCCAGCCAAACCAACUGCCCCCUCUACAUCACAAAGGUCAUGAGCAAGAGUGCAGCUGACCUCAUCUCCCAAGCCAGGAAGAAAGGAAACGUGGUGUUUGGUGAGCCCAUCACCGCCAGUCUCGGCACUGAUGGGACCCAUUACUGGAGCAAGAACUGGGCCAAAGCGGCUGCCUUUGUGACAUCCCCUCCUCUGAGCCCCGACCCAACCACCCCUGACUACAUCAACUCCCUGCUGGCCAGUGGGGACCUGCAGCUCUCCGGGAGUGCCCACUGCACCUUCAGCACUGCCCAGAAAGCCGUCGGGAAGGACAACUUCACAGCCAUCCCCGAGGGCACCAAUGGGGUGGAGGAGCGCAUGUCGGUCAUCUGGGACAAGGCCGUGGCUACAGGAAAAAUGGAUGAAAACCAGUUUGUGGCCGUGACUAGCACAAAUGCUGCCAAGAUCUUCAACUUGUAUCCCCGCAAGGGAAGAAUAUCUGUUGGUUCCGACAGUGACCUUGUGAUCUGGGACCCGGAUGCCGUGAAGAUCGUCUCUGCCAAGAACCACCAGUCGGCUGCAGAGUACAACAUCUUCGAGGGCAUGGAGCUGCGCGGGGCGCCUCUGGUGGUCAUUUGUCAGGGCAAGAUCAUGCUGGAAGACGGCAACCUGCAUGUGACCCAGGGGGGCGGCCGCUUCCUCCCCUGCAGCCCCUUCUCGGACUAUGUCUACAAGCGCAUCAAGGCCCGGAGGAGGACGGCCGACCUGCACGCCGUCCCCAGGGGCAUGUACGACGGGCCGGUGUUUGACCUGACCACCACUCCGAAAGGGGGCACCCCCGCAGGCUCCACUCGGGGCUCCCCGACUCGGCCGAACCCGCCCGUGAGGAACCUCCAUCAGUCGGGAUUCAGCCUGUCGGGCACUCAAGUGGACGAGGGGGUCCGCUCUGCCAGCAAGCGCAUCGUGGCGCCCCCUGGCGGCCGCUCUAAUAUCACGUCCCUGAGUUAAGCCGCCUCUCCCCAGGGAGAGGGGCCAGAAGCAAGAAGAGAUUGUUUUGAAGCCAAAAUGGUACACCGAUAUUUAAGAAGGAAAGCGAAUCCAAACCGUUUCGAUGGAUAGAAUCAAUAAGCCUCAAGCCUUAUGUUUCUCCAAUGUUAACGCUCGCUUGCCUAGCUUUACGAAUCUUGCUUUGUUUUCUGUUUAUGCAUAGCCUCGAUUUGUUUGCAGCCCCCACCCCCACCCCCCCAUUUACAUGCAUGCAAUCAGGCCACUAAGGUCAAGUGUGCUAUAUAGUGUUGAGAGCGUGUGUAGUGUUGCAUCUUACGACAAAGGGGCAGACAAAGCUGGGAUGUCAGGAAAAUGAACAGAAGGGAGAGUUCUUUGGGGUCUGUGGGCGGAGGGCUGGGUCAGGUGAGCUGGGGAGGGGGGGUCAGUCGGGAAGCGUAGGUCUUGUGUAUCGUGCUGUGGAAGCGUGUUGGUCUCCGUGGUCUUUGGCCACUUGCAGCGGCUUCACUUCAUCACCAUCUUCCCCUCCCCCCGCCCCGGGUCUGCCGAGAAGGUGGGCGUCGUGGGCCACAGACCCUGUCACAUCUCCUCCUCGUAGGUUUUAUUCCUCCAAACAUGUACAAUCUCAUCAGACGCCGACCAUCACUUCCAUCCGCUCGAUCCUCUCUCUCUCGAGUUGCGUUCCAUUCUUUCCUGGGUCGGGAGGGAAGACGGGGGAAGGCCAGGCUCCUUCUCUUGCUCCUACCGACCUGCCUCUUUGGUGCUUCUAAACAGAAUCCGCUGGGAGCCGAGCAGGCCCUGGCGUUGGAGAUCCUGUCUCUCGCACUCCCCCUCUGUGAACACAGAGAGGGGCAAACCUCUGCCCGCCCCCUUCUCUGCACCUCCAACUCCCAUGGGGAGGGGAGCCAGGCUUCUCUGGCCAGGAUACAUCGUUUCAGUCUCUGGAACUCUUGAAACCCAAAACACAGCCCUAGGGGACUAGAAUUCUUCCUUGGGAAAAGUAGUUAGUUGCAUUAGAUGUUCCCUGUUCCGGCCCCUGGUAGGUAAUCUCAGCUCUCACAAGCGUUAAGCGGGGGGUUGGGAAAGGCAGUCAAGAGCAGAGGGCAGGGGACUGGAGCGAUAGGACAGCAGUUGGGGCAUUUGCCUUGCAUGGGACUGACCCAGGCUUGAUUCCCAGCAUCCCAUCUGGUCCCCCGAGCACUGCCAGGAGUUAAUUCCUGAGCAUCACUGGGUGUGACCCAAAAAGGAAGAAAAAAAAAAGAGCAGAGGGCAUCAGGGCUGGAGAGGAAGUACAGCGGGCAUGGUGUUUGCUUUGCCUGCCACUGACCCGGGUUCCAUCUCUGACACCCCAUCUGGUUCCCCCAAAACAACCAAAACACGAAUGAGCAGAGGGACCCGGCUGUGGGGCCCUGGAUUUGUUUUUUCUGCCCAAACCAGCAUUGUCCCCAUCGUCAGCACAGCCUGCGGGGAAAGUGGGGGUUAGGCGUGCCAGGCCCCAGGGUCAGCCACCGUGACACACAGCUUGUUGUCAUGGCCUGAAAGGGACCUUAGCCGGGGACGUGGGCAUCUGUCUGUGAGCUGGAUGUGUGCUCCGGAAACCCAUUCUGGAAGCAGUUCUGUGAGCUAGAUGAGGCCCCCGUACGCAGGGACAAUGUCUGCAGCCUGGGGAGCCCCAGAUCAGUCUCCCGUGCUCUGGGAGCUGAUUCUGAGCACUAAGUACUUUGAAGGCAAGAGCAGGCCUCGGACUCUUUUUAAGUGCUUAGGAGAAACCACUGUCUCUGACUGCAGGUUUUACUAAGUUGAAGGCCAGAGAAAAGAGAACAUGCGACUCAAGAGGAAUCUUGGAGGAUUCCCCCCUGCCCUAACUCACUUCUGUUGUAACAAAACAAAACAAGAAAAGACUUCUCCUCAACGUAGGGAAGCAUUCUGUUUUUAGGGCUUUUUUCCCAUGGUGCUUUUAUAUUAAGGUGCAGCUCUUGAUUUAUAACUCAAAACUCCGAGGGUCUGGGUCACGGUUCUUGCAGGCAGAGCGGAUUUUUGAGACGCGGUGCCUCCACUUCAUGCACCAGACAGGGACACGUUGCAGUACUGGCCACGACCACCAGAUGGAGAAAGAGGCGCGAAAAUAAACUCAGUCAGAGCAUCUGGUGCACCGCUGGGGCCGUUGCCCAGCCCCUGUGUCAACUCCUCCCCGCUCUGAUACGAAAUAGGACUUUCACGGCCAAGUUCAUUGCACUUGGGAAUUCUGAGUAAGCACUAGAGCCAGAACAUCAGACUUGGCAUCUGCCCUCCUUGCUCCAGGGCCGGCUUCUGGGUGCCUUCUCCAUGGGCACCACAGAAAUUCCUGAGGAUGCUCAGGGACCCCCCACUGGUUUCUUGAUUUCCACUCUGGCUGUCCAGUGCUUAUUCUGAUUUUGUCCUGUCCCCUUAUCGAAGAGCCCUAGGUAGAGGGUUUAGGAAGAGAGCGUGACAGGGAGGCAUGUCCUCUGGCUCCAAAUGGAGGGGGACACGGUCCAGCUCCCCGACCCCCCACCCCCAAGCCUCUCUUCCGCUGCCUCAGCUCAGGGCAGCCUGGCCCCUCUUGAAGGACGCCCGCCCCCGCUGCAGCUUCUCAUGGUCUCUAAGGACCGUGAUCGUGGGCAGCUGAGAAGUUCUUUGUGGUGCUAUUAAAUCAGCCACCAUAACAAAGAUGUUUCUUAUCAUUUGGGGGUUAUUUUUAAAUGGUAGGGUUGUUUUUUUUUUUUUGUAGUUAUCUUAGAAAAGGGGUUUUCUUCAGGGUCAGUUACCCUUUGGUCUUUUUCUUCACGACUCUGCCCCCAGGGCCUCACUCCUAAGGCUGGACUCUUGCCCACAGGCUGGGCCAUCCCCAGCUGUGAUCCCUGUCACAAGCACCAGCCCCCACCCCCCCUGCCCCCUCCCACCCCAUCCCCUUCCCAGGCCUUCUCCUGGAAAUCCUUCCCCUUGAGUCCCCCGAUGGAUUCCUGGGCUGUCGCAGGCAGCCAGCACCCAGUGUAAGUCCCCUCUUUGGAAAGUGGUGUGUGGGUGUUCCGUCCCGUGUUUGGUGAGUGUGGACACACGCUGACACUCCUGUGAUCUGUGGUAGCUGUGAGGCGGCUGCGGGACACGGUGAGCUGUUCGGUUUGAACCGUGAAAAAAAACUGUGUUUUGAGUUUAGCUGAGAUUAAAAAAAAAGAAAGAAAAAAAAGUUCAUCCAGUGACUGUUACUGUAAACCUGGUUAUUAAAAUGACUAAAAUGACCGAC